AUGAACAUCGACGCUGAGAUACCUGAACUAGAAGCGGGUGUUGUCGGCCAUGCUGGCAAUGACGCUGGAGCCAAUGAAGAGGGCGAUGAUGACAUGGAAGAGGUAACCCAAGAUGCUCUGAACACAAGGAUCCUUAGAUACAAUGACCCUCGUCGAAUGCAGCUUUCAAGAGAAGAAAGAGACUGGGCUCUGGACAUCAAGGAUGUGAUUGAAGCUGAUCCAGAAAUCUGCAAUCUUUCUGACUUUAUGUAUGCGCAGCUGGCCAUCAUUCACCAAGAUGACAUUCCCACUGCUGUGGACAUUGCCAGCAAGCUGUAUCAUGAAGAAGGCUGCUAUGUCCAUGUCUUGGAUUUGGCCACCAUUGACAUAGAUUCCAUGAAGGACCAGGAAAAUUGCAGAACAUCCCUUGCUGGUGCCUUCUAUAUGAACCAAUGCCUCAAUCCUGACCUAGAAUCGGUCCGCAGAGGUAUGAUCAUAAUGCUGGAAUGUGAAGGAUACCAGUGGGUUCCCAAAUCCUGUGACAUGAAGUAUUCGGAGCAAUAUUGGAAUGAUGUGGGUGGCAUCUAUCCCUGUCGAGUUCGGCAGUACAGGUGUUUCAACACACCCAUGGUAUUCAAUGUGCUCAAAUCUUUGGGGCGCCCUUUUGUCCCAGCAGAGAUCUAUUCCCGGAUGGUUCUUGGAUGUCGCUUUGAGCAGAGGCUUGAUGCGGUGUUUGCGGUGCCUACGGUUGAAGCCACAGAGCAACGCUUCCUCGGGAGGAGUAUUGAUGCCCUUACCAUGAGGUAUGCAAAUGAAAGGACAUUUUCAUUGGACGCAGUGUGA